AGCUGAUAAUGAAUUAGAACCGUGGUAGGAUCGUAUCAUUCGACCUCCGACCCUCUCUCUUCUCGGUUCUUUCAAAGUCCUUAAAAGUGAGCGUAGUGCGGCAGCGACGUUCGGUCAAGCACGCGCACACGUUACGAUCGAGACAAAACGGGACACAUUGUGUAUUUUCUUCGCCGAGGAUUCGAUUAAGUGUCGCGUCUGUGCGGAGGAUAUAAGUUAGAAUGGCUAAAUUCACUAAGAGGCAAUGGCUCAUCCUAAUCGUCAUCAGCAUUGCUGAUUUUGCGAAUGCUGUCUGCGUUUCACUACAAGCACCCUUCUAUCCUCAAGAGGCUGAAAAGAAAGGCGCAUCACCUUCCGAAUAUGGCUUGGUCUUUGGAAUUUUUGAACUGAUAGUCUUUAUUGUUAGCCCAAUUUAUGGACAAAACCUUAAUCGAAUCGGUCCGAAGUUUUUGUUCAAUGGUGGUCUCUUAACUACAGGAACCUGCGCCAUAUUGUUUGGCUUAUUGGACAAAGUCGAUGGUCAUUACCCUUUCAUAAUACUAUCUUUUGUGAUCAGAAUUGUGGAAGCAAUAGGAAAUGGUUCAUUUCUGACAGCUAGCUUCGCUAUUAUCGCUCAAGAAUUUCCCGACAAUGUCGCUACGACAUUCGCCAGUUUGGAAACUUUUUUCGGUUUAGGUCUUAUUGUUGGUCCCACCGUAGGAGGUGCACUUUAUCAGAUUGGUGGAUAUACCACACCAUUCGUGGUCCUCGGCUCAGCAUUGUUCCUAACAGCUGUCAUCACUGCAUUUAUCCUACCCGUGCACGAUGAUUGUGAUCGAGAUCAGAACAAUAGCGGAGGAGUGACGAAAGUCCUAAAAAUUCCCGGCGUGAUGAUCGCUUCUAUGUCAAUAAUCGCGACAAGCAUGAGUAUUGGAUUUUUGCAAGCAACCUUGGAACCUCAUUUGAGGCAAUUUAACUUGAGUCCGGUUGUGUUGGGAUUAAUGUUUGUCAUUAAUGGCGGUACAUACGCGAUGACUGCGCCAGCAUGGGGUUGGCUUUGCGAUAAAUAUUGUCAUCCAAAGGUGGUAACAAUCACCGGUUGUGUUCUCGUAAUGAUUGGUUUCUCUUUGGUUGGCCCGGCACCGUUUAUUCCGUGGUCUAUAGAAAUCUGGAUGCCCAUCACCGGCCUCGUGAUCCACGGCUUAGGCAUGUCUGCUCAACUGGUUGCAAGCUUCACGGAUGCCUUGCAGACAUCUAUAUCGUACGGAUUUCCAAAUAGUCUUGAAACUUAUGGUCUCAUCAGUGGAUUGUGGACAAGUACUUUCGCCCUUGGAGCUUUUAUCGGGCCUAGCAUUGCUGGAAUUCUAAUGGAUAACAUCGGUUUCAGAAACGCUUCUAUGUUUAUUGUUUUACUUCACAUGCUAGUGAGCGUGAUAGCUGGAGUGUACUUAAGCAGCUGCUCUCACGCACCCAAACCGUACACCAACGUCGGUGCAGUCGAGAAUCACACAGCACCUCUGAUAGAUAGCGUCCGAUCGGACAACGUUAAUCUUCAACAGAACGGACGGCGUCAGGGUGUACCGAUCGACAGGCCCAGCGGCAUGAAUUCGCUGAUCGUGUGCAACAGUUAUUCGAAUAGAGCUGGAGCAUGGUCCAGGGCGGCGUACAGCGGUCGUUAUUCGCAUAGCUAUGGAUCUAUGGAGAACAAGAGAUAUCUGGAGCUCACUACGUGACCGAUCAUCUUUGUUCCAAAAAAUAAGAACACGAGGAGAAUUUUGCCUCUACGCUCAACAUUCGCUCCUUGACCGUCAUCCAAUUUCGUGAUAUAUAAUUCAAUCGAACACGUGAAAAACUAUUCGCUUUUUAGGAAGUAUAUAGAUCAAAGAUUAAUAUCUCCUAAAUCUUUAUUAGUCUCUUUACUUUAAUAAUUAAAUUUGUAUUUGAAAUUAUAUAAUAGUAUACCAUUGUGAUGAUAUACAUAUUAUAUAUAAUAUAUAUAAUAUACACAAAACACUAUACUAUAAAUAGUACUGUCAAUCUUUAUAUACAUAUAGUAGAUCUACUUUAAGUUAUAAUAAAAUCGCGAGGGAAUGAUAUAAGGAAACAAUGAAAGAGAUAUGCUAAAUUUGUAUGUUAUCAUUAUUAUUAUUACGAUCGCGAAAAAGCAAUCGGAGCGUUUACUUGGGAGUCGCUUUGCAAUGCUUUUUAAUCCGUUAACUUUUAAGUAUGCGAGUUUCUUUUUAUUGUUAUCUACGCUAUCUUAAAUUUUUAAUUUUAAAAUAAGUUUUAAAAUACAAAAAAAUUACAAAAAUAUUAUCUAUUAAUAGUAAUUAAAUAAAUAAAUAAAUGUACGUGCUCUCGAGAGAUAAUUUUAGAUUGAUAUACGCGAGACGCGUAAUUUCUCGAUACACUUACUUAGUCGGUGUAUUUAAGAAUUUGAUAAGAUUGCGAUAUGUGAAUAAUUACUCGUUUAAGGAUUUAAAAAAAAAAUAGUUAUUCUCGAUAGAAGAGGAGCAAGUGAGAGAUACACGCUGUUGCAUAAAAUGCUUCAAAGCAGUAUUUAUUCAGAGUGCAUUAUCAAAAAUCUCAUCUUUACCGCGAUUUAUUUCAACGAGUUCAUGUUAGGCUGCAUUUCCUUUUUGUGUUGAGACUGCGAAACUAUAUUGCUACUGCGAUAAUAGCGUUAAAUUUAGAGGAAGUCGACUUAUAAUCACGAAGCUUGUAGAUAGCGACUAUAAUACACUAUCGAGUUUAACGGCGACAUACUUCAUUCAUAACUUAUACAUUUGUUGAUACAUCUGAUAAUUGUCAAAUAGUUCACUUCGUAUCGUACAUAAACAAUCUAUAUAAUAUGUAAUUAAUGAAAACUGUUUAUUGACAGUGUAGAGAAAAAUUGGCGCAAUUAAUUCGCUCGUAAAGUUAAUUAUUUUGAUGAAAAAUAGCAUCGAUAUCGAAUACAUUGUUGUAUUUUGCAGGUAGAAAGCAUCUCGAGAAAGUCGGAAAACAUGAUUAGUCGAUAUUUAAUUGACGGAACUCGGAUCUUGAAAUUAUGCGAUUAUGCUGUUGCAAAACCUGUAUUUGCAACGGCACAAUCGCAUAAUUCUAGAUUCGAGUUCCAACGGGAAAAGUAACGGACGUUGUGGGUGUUAAUGAUAUGUCAUUAAGCGAUAUUAUAGCGUGUAAAUUUGUCACAAGCUUGCUGAUUAUUGUUAAUGAUUUUCGCAAUUGCUUAACAAAGGAAGAAAUUUAAAAAAAAUGUAUUGUACACAUGAAUAUCGUAUAGAUAAAUUAAACACUAAAAAUGCACAUUAA